AUGUCGCCUCAGACACUCACCCGUCAAGACAUCAAAGAAGAUGGCAAGCAGCUUCGAACAAUCACGUCUGUACAUCCGAUUACCGACCAAGACGAUAGUCAACAGCCUGAACACAAUAUGGAUGGUCCAUCGUUAAGGCGACCAGAUACUCCGAUUGCUGGUCAGCAACCCGAAAUAACAGACAGUACUCCAUGCGAGUCAACAGAACCCUCCUCACCAGCCAACGCCUCUUCAACAACUCCCACCUCCGGAACAUCUACCAACUCACCCCUCGGCCGUCCACCCCCAAGCUCAAAACACUACUAUCUUAAAGAAAUGUGGCCCGGCCAGCCCAUCUGUCAUCUCUGCCAAAAGGAAUACGAAAAGACCAACCGCGCCAUCCGCGCCCUCCUCUGCGGUGACAUCUUUCACCGCGCGUGUAUCGACCACCUACUCGGCCACAAAGACGGCCGCUGUCCAUCGUGCGAGUCUCCAAUCCCACCUGAAUGGUACAUGCCUCACAAGUUCGAUCCAUCGAAGCCGCCAGGCUCGCCUUGUCUUUGCCACCCAGCAUCCAAAGCCCGUACCACCACGGGGACCAACACCAAGAACGGAGGCCCUUCUUUUACUUCCCCUGGCGUUUUAGCCAUCCGGAAGGUCUACCAGCGCACCAAGGAGAUCAUGGUUCGUUGCGCACCGCGGCGAAAGCCGGAGAAAGUGUAUGCCAGCUACAAGACGGAAAGUGGGCAGACUAGGUACGUCGAGGGGGAGUCAGGCGUCGGUCUGCCUGGCCCAGGGUCUGGAUGUGCCGAUGCCGAUGGAGACUUACAGUAUUAG